AUGAUGGCCAAUUUCCAAUUUAAAGAUGGUCAUAUUGAACAACAACUCAAUGCUCCAAGAACCUUAGAUGAAGUUCGACGUUUAAAUGAACAAUACUAUUUUAGAUUAUGUAAUGAUUUAGAAGCUCAAGCUGAAGCUAAAGCUGAAGCUCAAGCUAUAGCUAAAGCUAAAGCUCAAGCUCAAGCUAAAUCUAAAACAAAUCGGAAUAAGAUCAAGAUUCAAAAUUUGGAAAAUGAAUUGCAACACAAAAAGAGUACUCAGGAUGCAAUUCAAGAAGAUGUAAAUGUGGCCAAUUUACCUAUUACAAAAUUAACAAAACUAAGAGAUGAUUUAUUGUCCUCUUAUAAUAAUUAUUUGAGGAAAAUUAACGAUUUAGAACAACUAAGAGUACUUCAAACACCUAACUAUAUAUCUGAAAUUCGUGCACUUGAUCAACAAUUAACAGCCAUGCAAAUUGAUAUUUCGAAGAAAGUACAAAAAUAUCAAGAUUUAAUAAGCAUAGAAAAUAGCACUUAUCAAAAAUUAUUAGUGAGUGAACAAACAGUGUUAGAUAUUACUCCAAAUCCGCCUGUAGUUUGCAGCCCAAGUGCAAAAAAAAGAAAAUUGUUUGAAAGUGACGAAACAGAGAGUGAAUUUUCUAAUAUUAUCACUGUUUCAUCAACUAGUGAUAUUGAAAUUAGUGAAGUGUGUCCUGAUGGACAGUUUGUAAAAUUAUAUAACAAAGGAUCAAAGGAAUUGGCAUUGAAAGGAUAUGAAUUGGUACGCACUACUCCUGAGCAAAAUGUUUCUACUGUAUUCAAGUUUCAUGGUUCGGUAAAUCUUGGAGCUGGUAAUUGGCUAACUGUAUGGUCUUCUACUGCCAGUAAUCAAAUAUAUAAACAUAGUGCUGGAUCAAUUAUCAUGGACAUUCAAGAUUGGGUUGUUGGUGAUCUUAUGGCUACAAUACUUUUAAAUCCUGAGGGACUAGAAGUAGCAACUCAUGAACUUAAAAAAAGGGCAGGUUUCUCUUUCACGAUCCAAUGA